UUUUGCAUUUCAGUCAUUCGUCUGGCCAACACGGCACGCGCGUUUCGUUCUUCGAGAGUUUGCGGUUCAGCUUAGACCUCGUGUGUGGAAAUUUUCUUGUUCCCGGUGUGGUUGGAAAAUCGUGUCCUUUUUUCUGUCUCCUUAUCGAUUUUUCCCAUCCACCGUGAAAGUUUUUCUUUCACCAGUGUUAAGUUCUAGCUUCGAAAAGGAGUGACAUUCAACGAGAGGAAAACAAGCAGGAAAAUGGCUUCUUCGCUGGCGUACGAAAAACUUUGGUCCGAAAAGGCCAUCCAUGACGGUGCCGAAAAGAAGUACUACGAGUAUCUAGCGCAGCUAUCGAACGGAAAAAUCUGCCCUAAGGCAGCACAAAAAGUGUCAACCCCAGCCCAGGUUGUCGCCCAAGUAAAACCUCCAACCCCGACAGCAGCAACAGUUGCCCCAACUAUUGCUCCCAAGAACAAGGAACAAUCGCCCCCGGCUCCGCAAACGGCCGCUCCCGCCGAUGCGGCCAAGGUAAAGAAGGAUCGCAAGCGAAACAAGAAAAACAAGAAAGACGCUUCCGAAUCGCCCGAUCCCGUUUCUUCCGCGCAUUCCCAUUCGGCAAUAGUAGUAGCUUCCCAGCAACCCGGCGCCAAGGGACCGGAACAGCCCCCGGUGGGCUUCUCGGCACCGGUAGUUGUUUCCAGCAACGCUGGCGGAGACGAUUCCACCGCCAAAGAUUCGGCAGCCAAGAAGAGGGCCAAAAAGAACAAGAAAAAUAAAACCGGUGGUGCCGCCGUUGUUGGCCAGGAAACUUCUGCCGGAACUGAGCAGCAGCAGCCGGUUCGGGUCGCUAAUAUUCCUCCUAGCUGUAACACUAGUGUGAACCGCAAACUACUAACAAGCGCCGCGCUGCAUCAGGAGAACAACAUCAAGAAUGUCAAAGAGAAGGAGAACCUAGCGCAUAAACUGUGCGACAAUAUUACCGAGGAGCUGAGCAAGAUGGGCUCUCUGCCGGCACAAUGCACCCUGGCAUCAGAAAUAUCCAAGGCCAGACAGCACAUCAAGAACUCGCUCGAACGAAUGGACGGAAUUGCUGCCCUGGCCGCCAGCCCGGGAGCCGAGCUGCUGGAUCGGCUAUCCUCGGUCGAGAAGGAGAACGAGAAGCUGCGCCACGUCAUCGAGGGGCUGAACAGUUUGAUGCUGGACAUGAACGCGCGUAUCAAAUCGCUCGAAUCAGGCCAGAAGGGUGCCCCCGCUCCAGCCUCAGCCGCCAAGUCAGCUCCUGCCAAACCCGCUGCCGAUGACGACGAAGACGAGGAUGACGAUGUCGAUCUGUUCGGCUCCGACGAGGAAGGUGAGGACAAAGCGGCAGCGGAACUGCGCGAGAAGCGCCUGGCCGAAUACGCCGCCAAGAAGUCCAAGAAACCUGCCCUCAUCGCCAAGUCCAACGUAAUUCUCGACAUCAAACCGUGGGACGACGAAACCGACAUGAAGCAGAUGGAGCUGGAGGUGCGGAAGAUCACUGCCGACGGUUUGCUGCUGGGAGCCUCGAAGUUGGUUCCGCUAGCCUACGGUAUCCACAAGCUGCAACUGUCCUGCGUUAUCGAAGACGACAAAAUUUCGGUCGACUGGCUGCAGGAGGAGAUCGAGAAGAUCGAAGACUUCGUGCAGAGCGUGGACAUUGCGGCGUUCAACAAAAUCUAAACACCCAUGAAAUUAAUCUUGCAUCGUUUUAUCACAGUAACACAAACAUAAUACCGUACCCUCAAAACUCAAACAGUUCACAAUACCAACAAUUUCCUUUCAAAUUGAAAGUUUUUUCCGUAAAAAUUUAUGAAUGAUAUUGUAUGCUUAGCAGAACUAACAACUUCUUACGGUAAAACGAACAACCAAACAACAAAAGAACUAAAACUAUUGAUUGUAAUCGUAAAGACUAAAGCAAACGUACAUGUUCAAAAAUAAGAGAAACCAACAAUUUACAAGUUAA